AUGCUUUUCGGCUGACAUCUCUGUGGAGGCUAGAUGGAAGGGUGCAAGAACAUCUAAACACUCACUGACUGUCUCGUAUUCUGCAAAUGUGAGAGGAGGAAUGUCUGUGGUGAGGUGUGCCACUGCUGCACCAACUGGUUCUCGUUGUUCAUAUAGUCUUUGCAACAUCAAGUAUGUGGAGUUCCAUCUGGUUUCAACUUCUUGAAUCAGUUUUUGAACUGGCUUCUGCAGCUGAGUUUGCAUCUCUGUGAGUUUCUCCUUUGCUUUUGUGCUUGUCCCAAAAAAUGCGACAAUUCUUCGGCCUCUUGUUCUGAUGUCAGCCAGUGGAGGAGUUUGAUCCAGUACCUUCUUCACAAUAAGACUGAAACUGUGGGCUAAACAUGGCACAUUUCUGACAGCCAACAGUUUGGCACAAAGGAUCAUAUUGGAUGCAUUGUCUGUGAUUAAACAGUGCACUUUCUCUCUCUCCAGCUCCACUGAUUUAUCUGCAGCUCCAUGGCAUGUUUUCCUCUUCAAAUAGGUCACUAAUGUACAAUAAGAACAGUAGGGGGCUGAGGGCUGAGCCCUGUGGAACACCGGCUUCUGGGCUAAAUCUGUUGGAGAUUGAGGCUCCCACUCUUACUCAAAUCUCUCUGUCCUUUAAAAAACUGUUUAAAAGCACCACCAUCUGCUGUGGGAGUUUAAGGUUAUGGUCCAGCAGCCUGUAUAUGAGUCUUAUCAAACGCUUUUUCAAUGUCAAAAAAGACUCCAAUUGUUACCAUUUUUAUGUUAAAACCCCUUUGGACAUCUUCUACCUUCCAGAAUAUUGCCUGGUGGACCCCCAAAACUCCCAGAGCAUCAAAAUGUUUAUGAAGCCUGUCGGCCAGCACUCUCUCCAGUAGUUUGCCCACAGUGCUCAGGAGGCUAAUCGGUCUGUAGUUGGCUGCCAGGUGAGGGUCUUUGUUUGGGGAUCAUUGAUACCAGAGCUGAUUUCCAGGGCUUAGGGAAGUAACCGGCAUGGAGGCAGAGAGUAAAGAGGUCUGCAAGUUUAGCCAGGAAUUCUAUUGAUGAUUCUUUGAUGAGUCGAUUGUCCAUUCCAUCUUCACCAAGGGGUUUAAAGUGUUGUUGAAGCUCUAUUAUUGAGACAGCUUUUAUUAGAGGGUUGUUGGUGUCGUCUAUGUUUGUUGUUGGUAGAUGGGUAGGCAGAAUAACCUGUCGCUCUACAAUUUCCUUCCACUCUGGAUCAAAUAGAGGGUCAUCUGGACAUGAAUGGACAUUUUGCAGGUGCUCUUUAAAAACAUUAGCCUUUUCUUUGUCUUCCUCUAUCAUCUGGCCGUUAUGCCUUAAUACUGAAAUUUGUGAAUUAUUUUUCUUUCCAUUUAGUUGAUGGAUUUUCUGCCUGUUUUGGGAUUCGGGUCGUUAUUUAGAUCAUGUUAUUUCUCGCUCCCUCCUGAUUUGUGUUUGUAUUUGGUGGAUUGGAAAUACAGCGGUCUGUCGCUUUAAAAACAGGAUAAGAAACUCUUCUAGCUAUCCGGUCUUCAAAUACGUCCGCAGAAUGGCUGUAUAUACUAAAGUUCUCUGAGCAAGCGAUAUCAGUUUUUCUUCGGAACAAAUUAGAUUCAGACAAGAUGAGUGGUCGCGGCAAGGGAGGCAAAGGCCUCGGGAAAGGAGGCGCUAAGCGUCACCGUAAAGUUCUCCGUGAUAACAUCCAGGGAAUCACCAAACCCGCCAUCCGCCGUCUGGCUCGCCGCGGCGGUGUGAAGCGUAUCUCCGGUCUCAUCUACGAGGAGACCCGCGGUGUGCUCAAGGUCUUCCUGGAGAACGUCAUCCGUGACGCCGUCACCUACACCGAGCACGCCAAGAGGAAGACGGUCACCGCCAUGGAUGUGGUGUACGCUCUCAAGAGGCAGGGCCGCACCCUGUACGGCUUCGGAGGUUAAAUCACUGCCUCAUCUCACCUCAACACAACGGCUCUUUUAAGAGCCACACACAUCAACCAAAGAGCUCGUCACCUGCAUUGAACUCAUUAGUAUCAAUCAUUGGAAGCUGCUGUAAAUAUGUGCUCAUUGUAGUCCACAUCGAUUUAUUAUACAAUAGGUUUACGCCCAUGGGUAGAGAUUACUUUCACACCCACACUGCUUACAUUUUAACGACCUGCUAAUCAUCAUGUCUCAGUAAAUCAGCAAUCGUAAGCUUUAUGCACGUUUGAGACACAAACUGGUGGCUAAAACACGUGUUGCUGUGAAAAAUAAAAUUUCUGUUAACCCUGUAAGGGUCUGCUCCACCAUUUGGUAGAGCACAUCUUCAGUCACCAUUUCUUAUUGAUAAAUGUGUUGAACUUAACUCAACCUGAUUGAGCCAUCUCUACCACUCGGUGUAGGUAUGUUAAGCUAAAAAAUCCACUAGAUGUCACUGUACCUUUAAGCAGCAUGCCUUCUGAGUCAGCUUCCAAACAGGAAGUGAAAAAUGAAAAAUUCUCUCCUGACGUGAAGACAAUUUCCUCUGAAAUUUCCAAAGGUAACCUUGUUUUUUUGACGUAGUUGAGCAUCAAAGAUGUUACUAAACAGAUUUAUGUAACUUGAUACCACAAAAAUAAGUUUUAUAAGGGUCGAAUAGUUUUUUAAAAACAUGCUUUACCAAACGGUUGAGUUGUCACUUUAUGGUAAAGGUAGAGAAGUUAGCUAAUCUAAUUAAAAUGUGCUAUUUGCUGUGAAAAAAAAACAUUUCUGAUCAUAAAUUGUUGUCAAUAUCACACAUUUAAUGUUAUUAAUGUGAUUAUUAAGAAUUAUUUUCUUUACUGUUUAACAAUCAUGCUCAGCCAAACAGUAGAUUUGUCAUUUUAUGAUAAAAGCCAUAAUGUGAUGUCAUGAUGAAGUUCAUUUACAAUUUUUAUUAAGUAAAACAAUGUAGGAAUAUUUACUCCUCAUUUGUUUGAUGUUAUUGCAUUAUAUAUUUGAAGAAAAAGUAUAUCAGUAUGAUUUUAUUUACCACUUUUGAGAUAUUUUUAUUGUAAAUAUGAUAAAUAGGCUAUAUAGAAAAUUAAAACAACUGACUUGUUGGUAUACCAACAUAUUAUGUGCAUAAUCCCUCAUUUUUAUUUCUUUUGAUUACCGGUCUACUGAAGGGGUUAUCGCAGUGAAAUGGUAUGACAACAAAUGUGUCACCCUUCUGAGCAAUGCCUGUGGGAUCAUGCCUCUUUCAACAGUCAAACGGUGGAGCAAAGACGAAAAAGCUAAGAUUGACAUUCCAUGCCCAUCACUCAUUCCUGCCUACAAUGAGCAUAUGGGAGGUAUUGAUCUUGCUGGUCCACCUUUACAAGACCCCUGCCAAGUCCCGCUGAUGGUACUACCCCCUGUUCGGCUACGCCCUUGACCUGUCUAUCGCCAAUUCCUGGCUAGUCUACAAGAGAGACUGUGGACUACUGAAUGAGAAACCAAUGCCUCUGAAAAGGUUGAAAAGGAGUUGGUCGACCUUCCUCCGCCUCUCCACCACCAGGCCGACCAUCCUCCACCGCUCCACCACCACAGAUGUCCACUCAGAAGAAGAGCCUCCCCUCAAGACCCCCGCGACCACAACCAGAUGUGAGCUAUGACAACUACGGACAUUGGCCACGUCACAUUGACAACCGGGGGCAGUGCAGCCUCUGCCCAAAGGGUGUGUAAAGUGCAACGUUUUCCAAUAAAAUAAGUUGAUAUUUUACACAACACAGCUGAGAAGUUGAACAUGGUCCCAUGGGUCAUUCUUUGUUUGUUAAUUUGAGAGGGGGAAAUAAAUAAAGGCCCCGAAAGUACUGUUUAAUGAAAGUACUGGAAUUGUUUUGUUAUUUUACACACACAAGUGUGUGUAUUUCGCUAUUUUGUUAAUAAAAUUGACUUGUUUUACAGUUA